CUCACCAUAGGGAGGGUUCCACGCGAAAAAAUGGACCCCAAUCUACGGGUGGGGUUCGGACACCCUCUCCCGUUCGUUUAGCAUAACCAAUAGCAUGGCCACAUGGGUCAAACCAUUAACCACUAACCAACAAUCACCACAAAAGCGCCCGACUAUCAGUGGUUGUGGGAGUUAGCCGGUGGAAGAUGGCAUUGGCUCCGGCUCCGGCUCCGCCCCCAGUUUUCUCAUUACGACCGACAAAUUUUACAAAAUCAAGGCGGUGUUGCCGCUGCAGCUCUACAAUCUCGAGGACUGACGGAUCGUCAUCUUCCCCUCCCACCAACACUUCCUCCACUCACCGCCCUGCUGUUAUUCUUCCGGGCUUAGGAAACAACACAACUGACUAUCAGAAAUUGACUCUUAUCCUGAAAGAAUAUGGGGUUCCUACUGUGGUUGCAAAGGUCUCAAGAAUUGAUUGGUUGAGAAACGCUGCUGGCUUGCUGGACCCAAAUUAUUGGCGAGGCACUCUGCGGCCUCGGCCGGUUCUUGACUGGUAUCUUAAGCGGGUCAAUGAGGCAGUGAAUGAAGCAAAGGAAUUAGCUCAAGGUGCAAACAUAUCUUUGGUUGGGCACUCAGCAGGAGGAUGGCUGGCACGUGUGUACUUACAAGAAUUCGAGUCUUCAGAUAUUUCCUUGCUAUUGACAUUAGGAACCCCACAUCUCCCCCCACCAAAAGGUGUAUCAGGAGUAAUAGAUCAAACAAGAGGGCUCCUGGAUUAUGUUAAACAGCAUUGUGCAAAAGCUGUUUAUACUCCCGAACUAAGAUAUGUUUGCAUAGCAGGAAGGUAUACUUAUAGAUAACUCUUUGUUAUUAGUG